CCUCUCAUUAUUUCUGAGGUAGAUUUUCUUAAGUUUCAGUUCAAAUGGAAGUCCAGUCGGUUUUCUGCACGUUCCUCCUCUGCUCUUUUGGGUUUGUUUUCUCCAGUCAUGGGCACAGACUUCUCACAGGCCUGGAGACCAGUUUAGCGUUGACAAAUCUGUCAUUUAAUCAUCGCAGCAGUUAUCCCCUGUACAUGAUGCAACUGUACCGCUCCUUUAAGACUGCUGAUUUCUCCUCGUCUGUAGCUAUCGACACCGUUACAAUGCAAGGUGACAGCUCUGACUCCGUGCUAAGUUUGACAGCCAAAGGUUGCCAUCAAGAGGGUGAAAAAUGGACAGUCACUUUUGACAUGUCAUCCAUCUCUGCUAGUGAGCUUGUCCAGUUGGCAGAACUUCGGAUCAGACUGCCUGCUUUCUCCAAAUCUAAGCGUCCCACCGUGGAUUUAUAUCACUCCAGAAAGCAGAGUUGUGAGCUGGGCAGCACAUCAUGCCAGGAUGAGCAUCUUUUCCUGGGGAGCUUCAGCACAUCAGCCAGCAGCUCAAAGUCCACCUGGAAGGUUUUUAAUGUGACCGCUCUGUUAAACUUCUGGCUGUACAAGGGAGACAGACUGUCGAGCCAGGAGGCCUCAGGAGAACCUGACGCAGACCAUGGGAGCGGUGCCGGGGACGAAGGGGAGGUCUCUGGGCAGUUCCUCUUCAAGACUUUGGGAUUGAGGCAAAGAAAAACCCACCACCCAACCGUGAACCGGGUCAUGAUGGUCGUCUUCUCCAAACACAACGUGCCCCAGGAAGGCCACACGGCAUACAGUCUCAUUCACACUGUGGAGAACUCCAAGUAUGUGACCAUGGACAGAGUCAGCAGCCGAAGUCGACGCCACAAGAGGAACAGGAUGGAGAGGAUGAGGGUGCCUGCAGGACCCACACCUCCUCCACCUAACCCUCCACCUACUCCUCCUGCAGCAUCAGCAGCAGCAGCAGCAGAGCCGUCCCAGCGGCCGCUGUGUCGCAGGGUCGACAUGUGGGUGGACUUCGACCACAUCGGCUGGGACGAGUGGAUUGUGCACCCUAAGCGCUUCAAUGCAUUUCGCUGUGAGGGAGAGUGUCCCACACCACUGGAUGAGUCCUUCAACCCUACCAACCAUGCGUACAUGCAGAGCCUCCUGAAACAUCACCAUCCAGAAAGAGGGUCCUGCCCGUCCUGUGUGCCGACGCGCCUCGGCCCGCUCUCCAUGCUGUACUACGAGAGCGAUGAUUUGACCCUUCGGCACCACGAGGACAUGGUUGUUGAAGAGUGUGGAUGUCACUGAAGGGCCAGCAUGUUCACUGCCAUCAACAAGAGCAAAUGUUGACGGAGCGUACUCUUGAACUUUAAAUCAAUAUGUAAACAUUAAUGUUCAAAUAUAUUCCAAGUCAUGUCCUUUUACAACAAAAGACAUAAUCUGACUGUUAUGUUUGAAUGAGAUUAUAUUUCAUCCAUACUGGGUGGUACACUAUAGUAUAUAUCUUUAGUAAAGGCAAAGCUCUGUUAU